UUGGGUCGUAAGAGGGCGGCUGUGUCAGACGUAAGUGAGAGAGUGAGUGUGUUCUUCAUGGUUGUUCGUCCCUCUCGUCUUUAUGGCGAAAUUCCUUUAAAUUGCGCUGAUUUCAAUAUUUUAUCUGUUUGUGGAAUAAAAGUAGCUGAAAGUUGGAGCCGAAUUGGCGUCGUUCCUUUUAAAUUACGUGUGUGGAUGUGUACACUUGCAAGUUACCACUUCCUUUUUCUGACAGCUUGAAUGGUUUAGACCCGUUUUGAUUACAUCUGAAGCCUUACUUAACGAGAUGCUGGUGCCUAGUCUUGUGGGAACCUUAACUUUUCGGAUAGAUCGGACCAUCUGUUUGGCGAGGUGAUACGCUCAAAAAAUGCUGCCCUUCACGACGUGCUUCCUGAGUGGAAGCGGAGAAAGGAAUUUUGUAUUGCUCACCGACAUGGCCGUUUCUGUCUCCACGGAUAAUCAGAGCAAAGCUUCGUUCACCUUUACCGAGGGACCUGCAUGGAACAGCGUGCAGUUGAAAGAUUCUCAAGUCAGUAGCCCUGGCAAGAAUAAGCUUCCUCUAAUGCCAGAUCUAGCAGAAGAAACUAAAUCUCAGCCGCUCGAGCGACAGGUGCGCCCAUGCUGGUCUCACAGCGGUCGGUUUCUCACGCUGCAUAAACGCCGGAAAAAAAGGCCACCCACUCGGGCUAUGACGUCGGACCAGGCCCUCCUUGAUGACCUCUAUCAUGGCCCCACGCACAUACUUUUGGCUAGAAUCAGUGAAUGGCCUUUUAAUGCUUUUGCCCUGGAUAGAGCCACAGGGGGACGGCCUCUACCGACACUCUGCUUCCACCUUUUCCAUCAAUACGGACUCAUGGCGCACUUUCAUCUUGAUCCUGUCAAAGUCUGGAAGUUCUUCAGUCUGGUAGAAGAGGGCUAUCACAGCAAUAACCCUUAUCAUAACGCCAUCCAUGCUGCUGAUGUUACUCAAGCAAUGCACUGUUUCCUUCAAGAAGAAAAGAUGCGUUGCCAUUUAACUCCACUCGAAAUUGCCGCCUCGCUGAUUGCUGCCAUGGCUCACGAUUUAGACCAUCCGGGCGUUAAUCAGCCAUUCUUGGUGGCCACGUCUAACCAUUUGGCUUCUCUCUACAAGAAUGCUUCGGUUUUAGAAAAUCAUCAUUGGCGAUCGGCUAUGGCUUGUUUAAUGGAAAGCGGUAUGAUGGACAGUCUUGAACGCACUUCGGCUCACGAACUACAACGCCAAAUUCAAUCGCUGAUUUUGGCUACCGACAUCGCUCGGCAACAGGAAUUUCUCAGCGCUUUUCAAGGCUUUUUGAACACCAGCUCGCUGGACAUGCAGACAGGGGAUCACCGUCACUUUAUGUUGCAAAUCGCACUCAAGUGCGCUGACAUCUGCAACCCGUGCCGUCCCUGGGAAGUGAGCCGGGCCUGGAGUUUGCAAGUGAGCGAGGAAUUCUACCGACAAGGUGACCUGGAGAGACGACUGGGAUUACCCGUCACGCCACUCUGCGACCGCUUCACUUCCUCCGUCUGCAAGAUCCAAACUGGUUUCUUCCGUUUCAUUGCCGCUCCCCUCUUCGAGGAGUGGCACCGCUUCCAGGCAACGCCGCUCUCCUGGAACAUGCUAAACUACCUCCGCUCCAACAAACUUAAAUGGGAUUCCAUCUUGAACGACGAAGAGUCGGGCGAUGUGAACUUGGCCGAGUAUCAGCUGCGUGACCCCGCCUGGUCGGAACUGGGCGUUUUGGAAAUGGGCAUCGAGAAAAUCCACCUGAGGAGGGCCUCACUUCCGCCCGGUCGCUCUGGCUUGUGGACCUCCAAUUCGGCCAACUCCUCCCGAGUGUCGCAAGUGGAACGCUCAAUGGAGGAAGACAGCUCCGGCGCUUCGAUGGACCCUUCGAAAUGUGUCACUGGUGAACCUCAUCCGCCUCGAUCUCUGUUACCAGCCGACAGCCACGAUGAUUCAAGCCUGGCCGAACCUACACCUGGCGACUCGCAGCACACAGCAGAUACUCCUGGACUUGCUUUCGGUCUUCCAGCCCGCCUACCUCAUCGGCGCGAGAGUCUUCCCUUCAACUUUCCCGAUCGGUCUCGAAUGGAGUUGAUCCAGCGACAGGGACGACGGGAGAGCCUGCCAACCGAUUGUUCAAGAACUUUGAAUGCCUGCGACGUCCUUCCGGAAUUGAACAUCACCUCAAUGACGCCUCUGCCUUUGAAGAAGGACAAGAGGAUUAGUCAGCCCACCAAUUGCGUUCAACCCACUACCUCUACUCCGUCCACUUCUUCUGAUAGGAGUUUUGGAUGCGCCGAUGAAAAAGAAAACAUCGUUUCCACUGCCUAUCUCAAAACUGAAACGUCCCGGUUAACGCUGAGAAGAGGAUCCGCCCCGACAGCUUUGCAUCCAUUGAAUUGGCUGGAUAUUCCGCGCAGUAAACGCAAUGGUCCGGCGACACAAUUUGGCCGUCAAGGUUCACUUCGGUUGGCCAAAUGUUUGGACCAAAAUGAGCCGGGUUUCCGGCGGCGUGGAUCUUUGCCCUAUGAACUCGGUCGGAAACUCUCUGGUCACGAAUCCACCGUUGCCCGGCUCGUUCCAGGCUCUUCCGACUGCGCUGAAUUCGACAUCGGGGUACGACGUAGUUCUGCACCGUCAGAUUUACUACGCAACACUGGCGCUUCCAUUGCCAGUUGCUGGAUCCAGUUUCGUGAUCGAGUUAAAAUGAAGGGUAAAGAGGUUGUUGUGAGUGCCGGGACUGGGUUAAUGAGUGACAACGGAUGUGGUUUUGCUGUGCGUGAAUGCCGAAGGCGCUCACUUCGAAGGCGUCGUUCGGGUGGUCCGGAACUCUUUGCUUCGGUUGUCCGCCGCGGCAACAAUUUUACUUCGGCUCAUCUACCUCCGCUACCUCAAAGUGCCACGUGUACUCAUGCCAAAUUAAAGAGGACGUCGUCCUUGUCACCUCCCGAAUGUAGCAAACCUCUGGUGGGAUCCGGAGAUUGUAAUCGUGACUGGCUUUUGCUGGGAAGACGUGGUUCCGGGGCACUUGAACUAUUGGCCGGACUUUGGCGCCAGAAUCGGGAUCGAUCGGAACGCUCCAGUUUUGAAUCUGAUGAUUCUCUUUUAAAACCUCAUCGUCAGCGGCUAUCAAUGGACUCAUCUUCGUCGUCAGAUGGAAUCCCGUGCUCAGCCCUGGAAGAGUACUGCCAUUUGAUAGGGCACGGGAGGACUCAACGACGAGGAUCUUGCCCAGCUGACCAUUCCGUUUUAUCAGGAAGCUCCAGUGGGAAUUUUACGCAAUUGAACAGCAGAUAACACACGGCGUAGAUGGAUCGAGUUCUCAUCGACAGCUUCUUACUGUUUGAUGGAAUAUUUUUAUACAUGAUUUAUUUUCUUUUUUACAAAUGAAGCUCAGUGUUGAUAUCUUUAAACAGAAACUCUCAUCCUUUUACUUUCUUUCAACGGCUGAAUGUUUUUGCUCAACAAAAAUGACAAACGAAAUUCCACCAAAAAAUUGAAGAACUAUAGAUGAGGAAGCGUUGUUGUCAAGCGUUUUAUGUGUUUCUAGAAUUUGCUGGCCAUCGAUUUAUUUUGCCUGUGUUUUUGCAUCAUCUCUGGAUUUCUUUGCGUUCCUGAGUCAAAGACCUGCAGUAAAGAGAGACACACAAGUGGCAAGCGAACAGAUUAAAACAAAAAAACUAAAUAUAAAAAAAAAGAAAAAAGAAAAAAAAAAAAAUUGUUCCUACCACUUUUAUGUCUGGUUCACUAACAUUCCGUCAUGUUGUAGCUGAAUUUAGAGUUUUUACUUUUCACUUCACUGCCUUUUUUCUUUCCUCCCUUCUCCUUUUUCGAAAAUUUUUUUUUUUCGUUCAAUGUUUUGUUAAAGAAAUGCAUCUAAAUUUUAUGUCCUAAAAAAAUCACAAAAAAAAAUAAAAAUAAAUCUCAAAAAUAGCUGACUCCUGCCCCCCACCCUCCCUCCCCCUCCAGAUGAGCAUUUUUUAUUUUAUAUACAUCUACCCCAAUCCCGUCAGUCGAGUACACUUUAAUGUCACAGAGUUCAAAUUAAUCGCUGAGUAUGUGUUGGGCGUCCUUUUUCCAUUUUCCAAGCUUUCGUCCACGUUUACUGUAUGGUAUUGUCUCGGAAAAAAAAAUUAUUUAAAAAUACACGUUUUUCCAUCAAA